AUGCCUUCAGAAGAGGCCAAAAGUCUGACACGGAUACUAAACACUCUAGGCCUUUCGACGACCCAAUUGGCUAUAGAACGCGACAAAACACCACCGAUUGACCCAGCUUUGUCCCUAGAGCCGCAAACAUCAGCAGUCUGCGUCCCAUCUAACAAUACCAUACUACCUCCAGAUCAACUUCCCCUAGGCUUUUCACUACCUUUCGACCCGUCUUCCUUCAACUUAGGCAAUGACGCGACCGUCGGGCUCGCACCACCGGUUCAAGACGGUUUGUUGAACUUAACAACGAGAGCGAUUGCAGACUGGGAAUGGAGCCCUUCUGAAAAUGCCGAUAACAUCAUCACAAAUGGUGGUGGCAUCGCCAGCGUCCAGACCACCAGCCAUCCUCUGUUGAGCACGUACUCCGGAGAGGCUGCUUUGAGCGACAAUGAAGAGGACGAUGCCGGCUCAGGCACAACGGAAGAGGACCUAGUCAACCAGUUAUCUGAUAGACUAGGGUCUCUCCAAAUUGGUCCCAAUGGUCAUAUCUCCUAUUUCGGACCAACAUCUAACUUUAGCUUGAUGGAACUACCUGUGGGAGCCGAUACUUUGGCUGUGGAUCGAACCGUGCGCAACGAUGGCCAAGAACACCUCGACAACAUGGGCUACGGCAAACAGGUACCGCAAGAUCUCGAAGAUCAUCUGAUCAACCUUUACUUCACAUGGCAGGACCCCUUUCAGCAUGUAGUCGACAGGACUCUUUACGACGAAGCGAAGCAUAGUUGGCACGAGCGAGAGGAAGACACACCAUAUUAUUCCGAGGCACUUAGAAAUGCAAUGUGUUCGUUAGGGGCUACCUUCGAAACACGAUAUCACCCGAGCUUUAUAACCUUCCCAAAGUCUCUUCCGGAUUUCUUCGCCGCAAGAGCCAAGACUCUUUUAGAGAUCGAACUAGACUCGCCUUCCGUCUCUACGGUACAAGCAAUGAUUGUUCUUAGUAGCCAUGAGAUAGGCGCGAAUAGGGACUCUCGCGCAAUGGCGAUUCGGCUCGCGUUUGAUUUGGCAUUACACAAGGAUAUGACACCGUACGUAGACAAGGGUGUUCUUAAACCCGCUGAAGCAGAGCUUCGUCGCGCUGUAUUCUGGAGCGCAUACACAAUGGAUCAGACGCUCGGAUUUUACAGAGGUCGGCCUUUUCGUAUCAGCAUGGAUGAUAUCACAGUUGGGAAACCAACAGAAGACUCAUCAGAUGGGCGGAUCGAGCAAUGGCUUCCUUACGUUUCGCGCCUUAGCAACGGCAACGCCCCAGUACCCAUCCAGGAUUACACUGAGGUCAUCAGUCUAUACCGCAUAGAGUUGUGCGAAAUCAUGGCGCCUCUUGGUCACACGCUAUACGGCAACUCUCGGAUUCCGCGGGAUAUAUUACAGGCCAACAACGAGAAGAUUGUCUCGAUAUUAUUUGCUUGGAAGCAGAACCUGCCACGUACGAUACAAGUCGAUCUAGAAGACUCAGAGGGACCAUUCCUUCCUCAUGUUCUUCUGUUGCAGCCGUGGAUGUCGUCGAGCUACAUUCAACCACAGCCACCUCAAGGUCCCGGCUACAUGCACGCGCAACAAAUGUGCAUUGAGUCAGCAGCCGCAGUGGCAAAGCUGAUCCUCAUUUACGAACGCCAAUACUCCCUCAAGCGAGUUCAUAUCCAAGGCGUGGCCAUCAUCUUCUCUGCAGCCAUCAUACUCAUCUUCGCAUCUAUAUCCCGCCGCAGACGGAAGAGGACCACGGAGACGGCGACACACUUGAGCGUAUGCUUCCGGGCUCUGGAGGAGCUUUCAGGCACUUGGGAGUGCGCCAAGCGGUCUCGGGAUUUUCUUCUCAUGCUGCAACUCUUCGACCCGGCUCGUUUUGACGGUCUUCCGGCCAUUGGCUCGGCUCAGAGUUACAAGACCAGCUGGACCAAAUACAUCCAGCAUGUUGGAGACUGGAGACCACUCACCCGAGAGGAUAGGAUCAGUCAAUACCCCCCAGGCAUAAUCCCAAGUUGCCCGUUCUGUGAUUUGGUCUUCUCCAUUGGCUUCAACCUGAACCGCUAUCCGAUGGCCGAGAAGGAGAAGAUCAUGUUAGCGAUCCCCGCCAAUCUGCUCUACAACUUUGCUGAGAAGGCGAAGCUUGGAGAUGGCGGGGAACGUCCAGACUUCAACUCCGUACUCCUUCUCGUCAUGAAUCCCUCACACUACAAGACAGCAUCCGCUCAGUACUUUGGCAAUACCAGUGCUGGUGGCGGCUUGACAGCGUGGAUCCGUUUCGCCCAUCGAGAGGCGCCAGGAAGUCUGGUCUCUCUUGCAUCCACUGCUAUCUUGGAGCCCACUCGACCUCUUCUGGACCUUCCGAUGCAAGCUAGAGUCUUGCGCGAGGAGAGAAUCGACUACGGCCUCGUUCGAUCGUGGAUACACCUAUGCGAGAAUCAUCACGAUGCAUGUCGUACCAGCCCAGACUGGCAGACUCUCCCUCACUUCAAGCUCAUAGACUGCGAGACCCGUCAAAUCAUCAACACAGACCCAGCCACUAGGUAUUGCUACGUAGCGUUGAGCUACGUUUGGGGAGUCGCGCCUCUAGACAGGUACACAUACCCCUGUCUGCCGGACGACCUUCCGCCGGUCAUUCAAGACGCCAUGAGGGCCACCAUCAAACUCGGCUUCCGCUACAUCUGGAUUGAUAGAUAUUGCAUCUGGCAAGACGACGCAACUCACAAGAUGAGUCAGGUGGAGAGUAUGGACCAGAUCUACGGCGACGCAGAACUCAGCAUCAUCGCCAUCGGCGCCAAAGACCCGAGCUACGGGCUGCCGGGCUUGUCUCUCGGCCGAACGCAACAUGUUCCAAUCACCAAAACAAUCGGCGAGCAAGGAAUCGUCACAAAUUUCAGCCACCAGUGGCAACUAGACCAGAUCUCCCGAUCAAAGUGGUCCACGCGGGGGUGGACGUUCCAAGAGACGUGUCUGUCGAGGAGAAGACUCUACUUUUCCAACUAUGAGGUCUCAUUUGAGUGUCACGAUAUGAUGUGCUUUGAACACCUCACGCGUCCUCUUGCUUUGCAGGGGAAUCUGGAGCACCACGAGAGGCCCGAGUGGACUCUCCUCAACACCCCAGACGGUGUCUGGGCUAUACUUCAAAAGUACUGCGAUCGCCAGCUGACAUACUCAAGCGACAGACUCGCUGCAGUAUCUGGAGUGUUGAAGAAAUGGUCACGAGUCAAUCCAGGAUGCUUUUCGUACUGGGGCAUCCCGAUAGUCGCCUCCGGCUGGCUGGUAGUAGACGCCACUGCUUCAAGACGCGCCUUUCUCGCUGGACUCCAAUGGGAGAUUCGGCCUGAAGGAAAGAACUAUGCCAGGUUGGCAGAUUUUCCCAGCUGGUCGUGGGUAUCCCAGAAUGGGAAGACGUUGUUUGGUCACCAAGGCCACUUCCAUCUGAGGCCUCCCAAGUUAGUGGAACUUACAGAAAACUUUGACUCAGAGGUUUGGGUGGAAACGCCUCAGGGCAACAUGGUUGGAUGGGCCGACUUCUUUGAGACUGGUGGUCUUGAUUCGUCAAUCAUGCAAUGUACCAGGUAUCUUCACAUCGAAUGCUGGUCAUUUCAGACCGGGCCCCUCUGCUAUCGGAAGAUCAAACGGCGUUCAGGCACCUCGCACGACGACAUGUUCUAUCUCCCAACAACACGCAAACCCUCUGAUGGAAAAGGAGAGUUUGUUAUCAAGUUCACCCCAGACUUCGGAUACGAAGAUACCUUCCUCGACCGAAAACUUACGGCAAUAUGCUUCUCGCCUCUGGAGCACGCAACGUGCGCUAUAGUUCUUGAGUCUGUCCCUGGCCUCACGAAAAUCAAGUUGCUUGUUGAGAAGGCGGAAGGCAGCAGUUGUUUCCUUGCUGCUCAGCAGUACGUGUACGUCGGCCAUGUCAUUGUGCCACUUCCGGACCCUUUGCCUGGCUGGUUCACCGUUUGGUCCGUAGAGAACAUGCCCGUCAAUGGCUACUAA